GAUAACGCCACGCGCAAGACGCCGACAUCCGUUGGAACUUCCACGAUGUCGUCAUUACCCUCAAAUGCGACCACAACAACCACAGCUCCGCUGUUCAAGACCAAACCAUUGGUGCUGUGCCAGCUGAUGUCUCCGAGCUACUUCAGGUCAGGGACUCUGCGUAACGCGGUCGAUGGACAAGAGGUGCCGAGUUCAACGCUGUGUGACUACAUACUUCUGGACCUGCCACUUGCAGCUAACGGCCGCUUUGAAACCGACUCAUACAUAUUCCUCACCCGUAUCCACUCAAAGCAUCGCCUCCUGUUCCACGUCGACAUCGACCUGUACGGCGUUGCAACAGGAUCUUUCUUGGUAAACUCUACCCAGUUCGUGGAUAGCGUGCAAUCUUUACAGAGCUCGCUGACCUGGAGCAAGCUUCAUGGGUUGGGCGUGCUCAAAGGUCUUCCAACCUUGCUCAGCCCGCAGCUACAGCACAGCUGGAGAGCUUACCUGGAGGCGAUCUACAGCAGAUUUUUCAAGAUAUUGCGGGACACUGGUGUGGAUCACGGCAAAAUAAAGAACUUCUUUGCCUUCAAUCCAGGCCACUUCACACACUUUACAUUUACGAAGCACCUCUCGGCGCUGAACAGCAUCAGGCACCUGAACCUUGUAAUUAUCCUGACCAUAACGAAUGAAAGGCUAACCCAAGUUUACCCAUCUUCAGCUUGGGACAACCGCUGCCUUCCUCAGAGCAAUGAACCAAGAAUGAUUGAUGUUGUGAGUGCGAUAACAAAUACCCCCAAUCCGAGGGUCGAAUUCGCCAUGACACUCAGCAUGCGUCUCGACAUUUUCACAAAUGUCUCUCUCGCAAAGGUGCAAGGAGACUCCCUGCAGCAAAUUUCAUGCAGAUCCCACAAGGCCGGCUGGUUUUUCGAUCAGUGCGAAAACCAGCUGUUCGGACGGGUGACCACCGGUGCCUCGAUAUACUACAUCGGUGGGUCUGGCUGCGCUUUCGCCGAGGGCAACGAUACAAGCAAACAAGUGAUAUCCUUCGAAACGCCUCUCACAAUAAGGCACAAGAUGGUGGAGACGUACCGCAAGAUAGGCUACGACUUGACCGAUAAAUACGUGAUCAGCUGGGUAGUAUACAACAUGACGUACGGUCUGGCACCAGCAGUCUGCAACGGCGAACACAAUCGUAUCUUAGAGAUCCGCAAAAUAAUCGACGAGAACAAGUGAUACCUGCGUCAAUAUUUGACCAAUUCACCUACGCACUUGCAUAAGGUCGAGUUCUCCACUACAUAUCCAAAAUGAUGCCAAAUAUCGCGCCUUCACUCUCUAAGAAGAAAAAAAAACUUUUUAUCUUAUAUUUGCACCCCUAUUUCGUAGCGUAGAUGAGUUGUAUUAUAUUGCGCCAUGUUUUGUCUCUUUUUCGAUUAAGUCAGGUCAAAAAAGAGCGACUGGUUUCUUUUGACCUGCGCAGAAUGCCUUUUGUUUUAAUUAGUUCUCUGAAGGA